CCUGUGCACGUUGAUCAGUAGGGAAAACAUGCUGGUUCCUCCCCAUUGUAUCCACAGGGGGGCGCUGGCGCCGAAUACGCAGCAAGGACAGAAACAAAACAAGCUGUUCCUUUUGUCACCAUUUGGGAUUGCUCGGGCUUGAUGUUAGUGCGGACUUAUGUCAGACUAACGUGUGUCUUUUGGUGCAACAUAAAGAGAAGCGUCUUUGUUGUAACCCUUUCAUAGCCGGGAAUGGCUUCCACUGAAAACGAAGCUUAGCAUCUUUAACCGCAGAACUGGAUACACCGAGUAGACUGUACACUCACUUGCCGGUGACUGUAUUGACCUUUUUAUGAAACAGCAUCUGGAUGCUCAUGCAUAUCCUGGUAGUUCAGGAUCUUCGACAGGAGAAGCUUGUUGGUUUUCCCGAAACCCGCAGUACUCACGCGAUGAUGCGGCUCGACAUCGGCCCAGCCGCAAAGCCACCGUCAGCCAGCUAACGCUAGCUAAAAGAAGCAAGCCGCGGUAAAUGGUCCCACUGAGUCCCUAGCGUGUGAUGGUUAAAUUGUACACUUUGCGUUUUUAUUCCUUUACUUCUCGUAUGCUAGAGUGCGAAAAAGACACAUACAUAGCGUAUAUAGCACACGCAGCAGUCUCCAACGGCGCUAGCUAGCUAACUAGCUUUGUUUGUUUACGAUGUGCUACUCAAUGUAACAUUUUUUAUUUGACACGUUACUGACAACAUGUUGUGUUUACACUGACUGACUUUUAACUAAUGACACGAUUCUCAAAUCAUGUCAAAUUUUAAAAAUAUUUUACUUUUUAAGUAAGGGUUUUAGGAUAAAAGACACUGUACGCUAAGCAGGUGGACUUCUUCGUAAAGGUGGUGAAAAUGCCCAGGGUGCUUAAAUCGUUUUAAUGUCAGUGGUCUUAAGCCGCAUGUAAAUAGACUAGACUUGAGAUUGUAGCCAUGCUCUUUGGACCUGCUGAGGUGGACAUGGACGAGCAUCCUAUGUGAUGUCAUGCAACUCAGCAUGUGCGCCGACAAGAUGAAGACUGGGACAUCAACGGCCCAGUGACUGCAGGCAUGAGUCUACGCCAGCCCACAUCCACCCUUGAUAGCCCCUUCGCCGCUUGGCUCAGUAGUCUCACCAUCGGAGACUCGGAGCGCAAGUCCUCUCAAGUCGCCCAGCACAGGGAGCCACAAACCGACGUCCCAAAUGAGAGUGGGGGCGCCGGCCUUGUCCACCGGUGUGUGGUGGUGCAGAAGGACCAGUUGGGUUUCGGUUUCACAGUGUGCGGAGAGCGUGUGAAGCUUGUGCAGAACGUGCGAGCAGGCGGUGCAGCUGUCAAAGCCGGAGUCCAGGAAGGAGACCGAAUCAUCAAGGUGAACGGCUCGCUCGUGUCUUCCAUGACACACCAGGAGGUGGUGAAGCUCAUCAAAUCUGGAACCUACGUAGCGCUCACACUACAAGGGCCGCCGCCUUCAGCGACCUCCUUGCCUCUGGAGCCCCUCCUUGCUGACCUCACACCCAAUCAGAGUACAUUACCGGGUGUGGAUGCUCCACCCCCUGCGCCUUCACUUUCAGGACUAAGCGGCAUCCCUUCCCAAAGAAUCACUGGACCCAAGCCACUCCAGGACCCACAGGUGCAGAGGCAUGCCUCUCAGAUACUCAGGAAAAUGUUGGAACAAGAAGAGAUGGAACUGCAGGUCUUGAUGCAGGAGCAGUCGCGGAACCCGUCGUCAUCUUUGGAGGAACGGAUUGAAAGUGCCAAAAGGAGAGCUCAGCAAGUGCGCGUCAAGCUCCAGCAGGACGUGGAGGGAAUGCAGUCGAAAAGUGUGUGCAGCUACAUCAUGGCGGGCGAAGCAGUACGCUUGUCGCUGGACUCGAAUGACGGAGACGGUGAGGCCCUUGACAGUCCCCACUGCUCCCCCUUGUCCUCCAUUCAGAGCCUUCUACCCAGACAGCAGAGCUCAGAUAUACACAACCCGUUUGAUUCGAGCGAGAAGGUCCAGAUCAUCGGGCCAGAGGAGGAGGAUGAAGAAGAGGACAGCUACACCUUCAACGAGAUGGAUGGCCCUUUCCAAGACAUUGAGCUGCUGAAGUCGCGGCCCGCCCACAUGACAGUUUUUAUGAGAUACGUCUUCACUCAGCUGCUGGACCCAAACCCGCUGCUGUUCUACCUGAUGGUGGAGGUGUACCUGAGCUCCGCCCCCAAAGAUGCUCGCUCACUCGCACCGCAGAUUUGCUCCCAUUUCCUGGAUCCGGAUGCCCCUUUGAAGAUCAAAGUGCCAGAAGAGUACCUUGCAGACAUCGAGAGCCGCCUGCAUGCUCAAGAGGACAUCCGCGGGCCGCUGUCCGAGCUGCAGCAGCAUGUGCUCCCCGACAUCCAGGAUCAGAUCGCAGACUACAGGAGCAAGCAGAUGAUGGGCCUGGGCGCUCUCUUCGGCGAAGGUGACCUGCUGCUGCUGGACGGAGACCCGCUGAAGGAGAGGCAGGUAGUGGACAGGCAGGUCACCGCCUUGUGGGAGAUUCUGUCCAAGCACGUAGAGGACAGAAGCUCCCCACUGGCAUCAGCCGUGCUUCUGUACCUGCGUCACGCUGGUGUCAAGCUCAGAGACUCAAAGGUGUUCCCUGGUUUGAACUCGGAGAAGGAAAAGUGGCUCAUGUUCCUCAAGUCAAAGAAGCUAAGCGGUACAAAGAAGGAGAAAGAUGGCGAGGACAAAAAGAGGAAUCCCAUCCUGAAGUACAUCGGGAAACCUCGGAGCACGUCUCAGUCCACAUUCCAUGUCCCGUUGUCCCCUACUGAAGUCCGUCCCGGAAGCGUGAGGAACAUCAUUCAGCAGUUUGAGAACCACUCAGAGACUGGGGCCGAAGAUGGUGGCAACUCUCAGAUACCGUCGUCAAGCAGCUGGGGGGAUGACGGCGUGGACAGUCCGAGCGUACCUGUGCGUCUGGCUCGCAGCGAGUCUUUGAAGGCACAGGGAGAAGGUCGGAGGCGAGGCAUCACCUCAGGAGGUGAGUCCGUUCCCCGCUCCCGUAGUGACGUGGACAUGGAGGACCCCGGUGAGGAGAGGGAGGUCCCUGGACUUAGGCUACUGCAGCACAGCGCUUCGUCGUCUGUUUCUGGCAGCUCCGCCAGGUCUCUAGAGAACCCUACACCGCCGUUCACGCCACGCUCCGUCCGCAGGAGCACUGAGUCUCCUUUGGCGCUGCUGCCGGACGAAGAAGAGGCGUGCGAGGGUCAGAACUGGCAGGAGACGGUGCAGGCUCAACUCAUUGCCACGCUAAGCCCAAGGGAAGUGGAGCGUCAGGCCGUCAUAUACGAGCUCUUCACCACUGAGGCAUCCCACAUGCGCAUACUAGCAGUGCUGGACCAGAUCUUCUUCCAGAAGAUGAGAGCAGUGCUCAGCUCUGAUGAGCUGGCCUGCAUCUUUCCCAACCUGCCACAAGUCUACGAGCUGCAUGCCAGCCUGUUCGAGUCCAUGAAAAAGCGGCGGGAGUCUCUCAUCGUUCAAGAUAUUGGUGAUGUCAUGUUGGCCAGGUUUGAGGGCACAGCCGGCGAGGAGUUUCAAGAGCAGGUGUCACAGUUGUGCAGGCAGCAGUCUCAGGCGCUGGAGCUCAUCAAGAACAAGCAACGCAAAGACCCACGCUUCGCCCACAUCGUCCAGGAGUGCGAGGCGAGUCGUCACUGUCGUCGGCUGCAGCUCAGAGACCUACUGGUGUCUGAAAUGCAGAGACUGACCAAAUACCCGCUUCUUCUGGACAACAUCAUCAAGCACACGGAGGCUGCCUCCACUGACCUCCCUGCCCUCCAGCAAGCGCAGGUCUGUUGCAGAGGAAUCCUGCAAGCCGUGAACGAGGUCAUCAGGGAGACUGAACAUCAGCAGCGUCUGAGCCAGUACCAACGCAGACUGGAUACUUCUCCGCUCUUCAAGAGUCUGGACCUCAGCACCAAGAAAAUGAUCCACGAGGGACCGCUGGUCUGGAAAGUCGGCAAGGACAAGCAGUUGGACAUUCAAGCCCUGCUGCUGUCAGACUGCCUGCUGUUGCUGCAGCGCGGCCCAGACGAGCGUCUGCAGCUGCGACCCCCUUCUCGCUGGCUUGGCGGUGGCGGCGGUGGCGCAGGCGGAGACAGCAAGACAUCCUUCAGCCCGCUGAUCAAGUUGGACUCGCUGCUGGUGCGCUCAGUCGCCACAGACAAUAAAGCACUCUAUGUUAUCUGUGCCACCGAGAGGCAGAUCUACGAGCUGGUGGCAGGGACGGCGUCUGAGAAGAACAUCUGGAAGGACUUAUUAGAAAAAGCUAUCGCCGCCGCCGCCACCUGCUCCCCUGCCACCAAUCAUGGCUCAGCGGCCAUGACUUCUCCAAGUGUCGGCAGCAUGUCCCCUGUACCCCAAAAUCCUCCAUAUCCAGAAAACACCAUGAGGUUGCAAUCCGACAGCCAGACCUGUGGUGAAGGAGGCGUAGCGGGCGUGGCACAGGCUGCAUUGAAGGACGUGGAAACGCUGCGAAAGCUCAUCUUACUCGACCUGCGCGAUGACGCCUCGUGCCACGCCUCCCUCGACACGCCUAUUGAAAGGAGCUGGUUGAGUGGCCAUCACGGGGAGGUGGAGCUACAUGGUGGCGCUCAGGUUGUAAGAAAAGCUGUGGUGGCGGGCUCUUCUUCCUCUGUCUUUAAUUACGUUACAGAUGAUGUCACGAUGGCAUCUGAGCAGUCUUCGCUGCCAAGCCGGCCCACCGUGCCCGGAAACAUCUUCUACCUGGUCUUGCCCACUCAGCAAGGAGAGAGUGCGACUGACGACGUGGAGGACAGCCGUGCGUCGGAGGCUUUGCAGCAGUGCCACGUGGUCAAAAAUGUGGAGGAGAUAUUCAGCGUCAUGGAAAACUUAAUGAGCAAGCUGCGGCAGUUGAAGGACAUCGAGAAGGAGCAUCACAAACUGCUAACAUCGCUCAGAGAGCCAGCAGUCGAUCAUGAAGAAGACCGAGCGUCCUGUUCUGCCACAGUCUCCAGGACGCCAUCUCUGGAGCGUGGCUCGGCAGACGGCAACGAAGAAAGCCCCCCGCAGCCCAAGAUACAGUCCACUGGAUUCUGAGGUCCAGACUGGGAAGAGACUUACCGGAACCACGUCCGCCCAGUAACCUCUUUCGAAGAGCAACAAUCACUCCAGCACUUUACCCACGAUGCAUCCCAGUAGACCCCUCCCACCUUCAGCCGACUAACUGUGUUGGAAUUCUUCAGGGCUAGCAUGUCUUAGGCCACACCCACUACUGACUGAGCGCUGUGUUUUUACUACUACGGCUGCUGAAUAGCUUAGCUUAGCAUCAAGACAUCAUGGGAGGGCUAUGCUAAGCUAACCCCUUUUUGUCAUAAAAAAAAAACGUUUGGAUUGCAAACAGUUCUGUUGGUGGACAGGAAGGAAUCGGCCACCAGGCCACUCGAGGGCUUACCAAAGUCAAAAGCGAUGACGGGAUGUGAUUGGUCGACAACUUUCACAUUCUCCUUCCACGCCCAUUUUCUUCAAGUCACACAUUGAUGCGCCGACUUUUUUUCUUGUUUUUUUUUGUAAGUGUUGCACAAGCGAAAUUACUGUAUGAACUCACGUGUGUGUGUGUAUGUGUGUGUACGUGUGUAUGUGUGUGUAUGUGUUAAACUAAUGUCAUCGACAUGUUCCAUGUUGUCUUCCUUGGUUGUGUUGGACGAGGAUGAUGUCACUUUGUGACAUUAAAAGGAGACUGUAAACUUGA